AUGUCCGACCCUUCCCUGCCCCCAAUGCACAGGUAUCAACCCUUCAUCCCCUCCCUCCCCCUUCCCUCUCUAGCACACACCAUCCCCCUCUACCUGAGCAGCAUCAAGCCCCACUGCACACCUUCAGAGUACGCACUCGCCAAAUCAGAAGCAGACGACUUCCUCCUCUCCCCUCUCGCGGCACUCCUCCAGUCCAGACUCGAACAACGUAGACAGGACGAAGAGCAAAAGGCGGCCUCCUCGGAUGUGCAAGGGGCUAUACAGGGCAUAGGCGGGAACUGGCUCGCAGACUGGUGGAACGCGCUUGCUUAUAACCAGUUUCGCGACCCGGUCGUCCCCUGGGUGAGCUACUAUUACGUGCACAAGGAUGCAGAGACUAGGGAGAAGCCGGAGAGGAGAGCAGCGCAGUUAGUCAGAGGGGCGAUGUUAUUCCGCAAACUGGUCGAGUCAGGAACACUCGAACCGGAUAAGAUGCGUCAAACGCCCCUCGACAUGAGCAGCUUUCGCUACCUGUUCAACAGCGCGCGCUACCCGCACCCGGAGGAGGACUAUACGAAAAAGUUCGAUCCAGGGGAACAUGGACACGCGGUGUUCGUGAGGAAGAACAGGUUAUUUAAGCUCCAGGCCGAGGGGUUGAGGCUUGACCAGCUGGAGACUGCGAUAAGGAAGAUCUACGCUCUUGCUACCGAGUCCGCACCCGCACCCUCCGUAGGCUCGCUCACCUCCGCCCCACGCACAUUCUGGGCCUCGGCACGCGCGCUCCUCACACAGAACAAGGGGAACGACCGGGUCCUGGAAGAGAUCGACAGUGCUGUUGUGGUCGUGGCUCUGGAUGAGGAGAGACCGGUUACGAGGGAGGAGAUUGGCUGGGGGUGUUGGGCGGGGAAGAAGGGGGGAGGGGGGAGGGGGAGGUGGUUCGAUAAACAUCAAUUCAUCGUAUUCGACAACGCCCGCUCCGGUUUCCUAGGAGAACACAGCGCGAUGGACGGCACUCCCACACUGCGAAUGAACGAAUUCAUCCUCGCGGCACUCGAAGCCGGGAAACUCGAAUCCCCCAAAAAGGACCAGGACGAGGGGAAAUCGAACCCGCUCAAUCUUGACCCGGAGGAACUGGUGUUCGAAGUGAACGACCAGGUGAAGGAGAAGAUCGCGGAGAGUGAGACGAUGUUUGAUGAGGUUAUGGCCAAGCAUGAGAUGCGGGUGCUACACUACACCGCGUACGGCUCCGACCUUAUCAAAUCCUACAAAUGCUCCCCCGACGCCUGGGCCCAGCUAGUAAUGCAACUCGCGUGGCACCUCUCCUUUUCCCGCCCAGGCGUAUGCUACGAGUCCUGCCAGACGCGCAAGUUCAGGCGCGGGAGGACGGAGGUCAUCCGUUCUUCUUCGGAAGAAAGUAGGCUCUGGGCGGAGGGGAUGCUUGACCCGGACGUGUCGGACGGGGUGCGCAAGGAGAUGUUCUUGAAAGCUGUACAGAGGCAUUUGGAGUAUGCGGGCCAAGCUGCUAAUGGCCUGGGAGUGGAUAGGCAUCUCCUUGGGCUGAGGAUGGUCCUCCGCCCCUCUGAGUCCCAUCCAUUCCUAGACUCUCCACUGAUGCAGAAGACGAAAAACUGGGAGAUGUCGACUUCCCAGCUCUCCUCUGCAUAUGUCCAAGGCUGGGGGUACGCCGAAGUUGUGCCAGAGGGGUAUGGCUUAGCGUAUGCUAUACAUCCGGAUCAUUUGAGGUGGACUAUCACGUGCCUCAAAGGGGAGGGGGAGGGGGGGAGGGCGGAGAGGAUGGCCUGGUAUAUUGAGGAAGCGGCGGGUAGGGUUAGGCGGAUGAUGCGGUCUGCGAGAGAGGAGGAGAAGGGGUUGGAGAGGGAGGGGGAGGAGCCUGCGGGCCCGGCGGGGGGGAGGGCGAAGUUGUAG